AUGACAUCUUCAGUUGCUAUCGGAAGAGAGUUCGAACAAAAAUAUGUAGAUAUCUUAAAGGUUAAAAAUGUGCAGGUGGAAAGGACAGGUGGCAGAGGUGAUAAGGGGAUUGACAUGCGCGGGCGCAUACAUGGCGAAAACUUUGUAGGGCAAUGCAAAGCCUGGAGGAAAAAUAAAAUAGACGAUCGGCGUGGUGGUGGGUUAACAAAGGAUUCAUUUACCAGUGACGCGGUUAAAGCGGCCGAAAAAGCAGGCAUAAUCAUAACCGAUAGUGAUCAUCUAUAG